GGCCGGCGCCUCGGGGGCCGCCUCCGUGCCAGCCCGCCCCGGGGAGGGGCUCUUCCGCGGCGCCCCGGCCGCGCUGUGCUGCCGCACGUCCGCGGAGCCCGCUGCUGUGCCUCGCCGCGGCCUCGCCGUGCCGGAGCCCCUCGGCCGGUCAGAGAAGGAGGAGACAAGAACAGGAGAAAGGAAGAGUCUGAAUAUAGCUCCAGACCAUGGCGGCACGCUGGAAAAGAAUCCUGAUGAUUUUUGUAGCAGCUCAAGUACUCGUUGUGGUAAAUGCCUUCGAGGAAGAGGAUGUACCUGAAGAAUGGGUCCUUCUCCAUGUUGUUCAGGGUCAGAUUGGAGCAGGCAACUACAGCUAUUUGAGACUAAAUCAUGAGGGAAAGAUCGUGCUUCAGAUGCGGAGUUUAAAAGGUGAUGCAGACUUGUACGUAUCUGACAUGACACUUCACCCCAGCUUUGACGAGUACGAGUUACAGUCUGUAACCUGUGGCCAGGAUGUUGUCCACGUACCGGCGCACUUCCGCCGCCCAGUGGGAAUAGGGAUUUAUGGCCACCCCUCUCACUUGGAGAGCGAGUUUGAAAUGAAAGUGUACUAUGAUCGGACAGUUGUACAGUACCCAUCUGGUGAGGCUUCUUACAACCCUGAGGAGAUGGAGGCCAACCAGAAAUACUCACAGUCUACAGAAGAUGAGUCUCAGGACGAGGAGUCUGUUUUCUGGACUAUACUGAUUGGAAUCUUGAAAUUAAUACUUGAAAUUCUUUUUUAAAUUGACGCACACUGGGCUAAGUCACAUUUCAGCCUGUGAAAUUGAACAUGAAUGACUUGCUGUGAUAUUUAAUACACUUUGUAAUGGUUCCUGAAGAGGUAUUCAGGUUAUUUUUCCUAAACCAUAAAGGAAGUGGGGGAAAAAGCCAUAUUUAAUUUUAUAUUGUAAAUCCUCCCUCCCCUAUACAUAAAAUGAGCAGUGAGUACAGUAUUUGCAGUGUUCUUCAGAGAUCAGGGCUUAAAAACAAAUGUACAGUUGGGAUCUUGUUAAAUUAACUUUGAACAGGUGCUUAGGAAAAUCAACUCUGAUUCAGUAUUUUCUAUUCUUUUUAUAAAGAAAAGUAAAAUUAAGUGCUGUACUUCAGGGCCACUCUCAAUCUAGUGCAUGGUUAAAAAUAAAAUCUACUUCUGAGCAAGGAUCUCCAGUAUAAUUAGCAAUGAGGCUUGAGUACAUUGAAGCUGAGGAGCCGAGGGCGAAGGGAGGAAAAACCUCUCAAUCGUCUAGGGGGAUAGAUGAUCUGUAUUUUGCCUGCUUGUGCUCUACAUCAUGCCAAGCAGAGAUCUGUCCAGUCACUCAUCACUUCUGCAAAGCCACCACCCAAACUGAAUGCGUGUCACUUCUCUGCUGUCACUGUGAGCUGUCAGCUGUUGUUGUCAGUAGGGUGGUUUUGUUCCUCCUUAAAAGCGAUGCACUGUAAGGUAUCUUGAACUUGGGAGGUGUUUUCUUACACCUCCCCUGAUAGCUUGUUGUGAUUGAUUGUUUGGUUUUCUUUUUUUAGAACAUCUUUAUGAAUAAGUCAUGAGCUUGCAAAGAAAACUUCUGCUGAGUGUGCAGUCGGCUGUAAGAAGGUCAGGCUGUGCCCACUCUUUGUUGAAAAUCGGUUUUGCCAGGAAUAGUUUUUGCCUUGGUUGAGUCUUUCAGAAUAACCAGUUGCUAUGCAAAUAGUGGGUAUUGAAGUUGCUCUGUAAUUUUCUCUUCACAGAGCUUACUGAUGAGUGCACUGAGAUAAACAAGUACAUUACUAUAACUUUAUGCAAACGGUGCAUGUACAAUUUAAAUUUCAUUACCAAAAGCCUUCUCUUUUUGAGUGGGAAUUUGAUUUGUCUGUCUCUAUCCAGACAUCCGACAGGAUGGGAUUAGUGAUUUGUAUCACAAAAAAAAGUCAUUAUAUAGACAAAAUUAAGAGUUUAUUUGGUAAAAAGCUAAAAAAAAAAAAAACACAACA